UGGUGGGUAAGGGCUCUGGUGGGUCGCGCAGUCAGUCUCUGUUUUAAAUGUAGCUGCUUGUGUAAGUGCUGUGCAGUUUUCUGGGUUUAUGGAUUCGCUGACUGUGGAAAAUGUACUUCUCUAUAGUGGUCCUUGUCCUGACUAAGGCUCUGGUCACAGAGGUAUGUUAUGCCCUGAAUGUGACAGUGGUCCCUGGGCCUGUUGUCAUGGUAACAGAGAAAGACAAUCUGACACUGUCCUGCCUGGUAUCUCAGAGGAAGAGGAGCAGCAGUGUCCUCAUCCUCCGCUGGUUCUUUUCUCCCCUGGCUGUUCCCACUCUCACGUCGCCUCCUCCUCCUCCCUCUGCACCAUCCCCCUCUCCUCCUACUGCCCUCGAGCCCUCGCAGUUUCUGAUUGUGAGGAUGGGCAUAAAAAAAGGGAAGGUGUAUGGGAACUACACCCACCUUUUCCCUCAGCCAAAAUUUCGUCUUUAUGAGGAAACAGAGGGAGAGGUGUACCGGUUGUGGAUUUUCAGUGUGACGGGGAUGGAUCAGGGUUUCUACACCUGUAGGGUGCAGGAGAUCCGCAAACACAGAAACACAUGGAGAGCAUCAUCCAAUGGUACCAGCACCACACAGCUGACAGUGCACUUUACUCUUGAGGACGGUAGCAGUGAAGGAGUGUGGCGUUUAUUUGCAGACGUGUAUGUGUGUGCUGUGCUGAUCUGCUCACUGGGCCUGCUGUCCAUCUUUCUGUUCACGCUGGUCCUCACCUGCCAGUACUUUUACAGGAGACACAGACUCAAAGCCAUUUACCUUUUGGUCAGAUGUCCAGAAAGCAGUUCAGGAGAGACUGUUACCAGCUCCAGCAGUUCAUCGAGUUCUCCCCCAAGAACAAAAAGGAAAGACACAAGACAGAAAACUGACAGAAAAGUCGCCGUAAAAUCACCUGAAGUCCCAGAGGAGCCAACGCCACACAUACCAACCAAAGUUGCUGCAAAGAGAACUCAGAAGCUCAGAAGGUUAAAGACUCAGCCAAGGAGAUCUGCCACUCCUCGAGUAUCACGAGUAUCACAAGAGGAUAGUCUGACAUAUGCAGAGCUGGAGCUGGUCAGACCAAGGCCGGAGCCCCCAGCCUCCUCCAGCCCUGACCCCACAACCUCCAGCCCGGACACUGUGUAUGCUCAGAUCCUCUUCCAGGAGAAACAGCUGUAAACACAGCAGCUUUAGACACAUGGAUGUCAUGGUACCUCCUGGUGAGGGUUGAGAUACAGUUCUGCAAGCUGAAUUGAGUGGCAUCCAAAGGACUAUAUUUAUGAACUAUCAAUAUGGCAUUUAGCAUUUGAUUUUUGGCUGCAAGUAUGCUACAACUGUUGGUAAAUGGGAUGAGGGUUUUGUGUUUCCUCUGAGCGGCUCCGUUCCAGCACAGCGGUUUUUGGGUCUUAUGAUUCUGUUGUUUUGUUUGUUGCCAUCGCUGGCCUGUGAGCCAGAUGUUUAAUACUCCGACUGUUAGGCUAACUAUUCUGUAUACACUCAGGAGACUCUGUGGAAAGAAAUCAUUGUCCAGGCUCUUUUACUGCAGUGUCAUGAGGCACUGUAACACUUGCCUUUUUAAAUGCAUUUAUAAUUACAGUACUACUAACACACCAAAUUAAUAAAUAUAUGCCUGGGUCUGACAUUCAAAGAGUCUUUGCUUUUCAUAAAUCUUGUUUUUAAAAACAUGUUUAAAUUGGUUUUGAUUCUGUAACAAUUUUGUGUCACAAACAGCCGCAGUGCAUCCAAUGUCUUACAUACAAUGGACAGUAGUAUAAACUGUAUAUAUCAUAAAUCACAUUACAACACACUUACUGAGAACCUACUCAUUAAACAAUAUGACAGACUGAGGAAUGAACAUUCAACAAGUUCUGUAACUUAUUAUCUAAUAGCUAGCAUGUUGGGAAACAUUCUUAUUUGCUCUCUGGCAGUUAGAUGAAAAGAUUGAUAUAGUUCACAAAUAUCUAUUUGGUAAAUUUGAGUGGACAGCUAGGCAGCCAGUUAGCUUAGCAUAGCAUAAAACUCAGAAACUGGGGGAAAUAGCUAGAUAUCCAAAAGUAACAAGAUCCUCCAUAAUAUGUAAGCGAUAAGUGUGUUUAUAUGCAGAAAAUAUAUAAUUUUCUACCAUUAGACUCUAUGUUUGGGUGUAUGUAUGUACGUAUAUGUGUAUGUGGAUAUAUACCCACUUAUUUAUCUAUUUAUCAUUAUUAUUAUAUUAUUAGAAUUUUUGUUAUUAUUAUUAAUUACCUACAUGUGCCUUCUUGUUCUGUUGUUCCUUGUUUGUAAUAUUAACAAAAUGUGCAAUAAAUAGAUGUUU